AUGCCACAACACCUGUCUGGAGCCAAAGUUGUAGGAUUAAUUGAUCAGGAUACGGAUACUUGGGAUCCGCAUAUACUAGCUGAUAUUUUUCAACGAAGUGAUAUACCUAGAAUCCAGAGGAUACCGGUUGCCCCGGAUUAUGAUGAUAUAUGGUAUUGGUAUGAUGAUCCUAAUGGAUGUUAUUCGGUCAAGAGUGGAUACAGGCGUAUAGUUGGUGAUUAUGUGAAUAAUUCUAAUGGGAUAUUUGAUGAGUGGCUAGCCCUAUGGAAAUUGAAAAUUCCACCCAAAUGGAAGACAUUCCUAUGGAGAGCUAUUUGUGAUAUUCUUCCUACUACCAACAAUUUGCUAAUAAAGAGAGUGGAUGUUAAUCCGAUGUGUGCCAUGUGUAGGAUGGUGAAUGAAGAUACCAUGCAUGCAUUAGUUUUGUGUGACUAUGCACACUCCAUAUGGGCUCAAUCCAACCUUCCAAUUCCCAAUAUUAUCACAAAUGUUUUCCAUGAAUGGUUUAGUGCAAUCUUGAAUGUUCUAGACUUUAAUGGAAUUAUUUAUGCAGCUGCAAUUUUAUACCACCUAUGGAGGGCCCGAAACGGUGCGGUCUGGGAUGCCUGCCUACCAAGGCCAACAAAAUUACUUACGAUUGCAAUGGCUACGAUGAAGGCAUGGAAAGAUGUCCAUCACCGUACCCCAACACGGCAACCUACUCAACCCCCCGGGACUGCCGCAAUUAUUCCCACUGCCGGACUGUCUCGGCCGGUCGAAGAUGCUGUCGGGCGUCCACUGCCUCCGCCACUCAGCAGUACGGCACUUCAGCAUGGUACGGUGAUAAGGCCCAUGAAUUGUUACAUAGAUGCGAGCUAUCAUCACGGAACAAAUGCGGCGGCAGUUGGUGCGGUGCUCCUCAACGCCGAUGGCCAAUAUAUAUCAGCUUUCAGUGCCCCGCUAAUGGAUUGCGUCUCUCCACUCAUGGCCGAGGCAUUUGCAUGCAAGGAAGCAUUAUCGUGGCUUAAAAGGCGCGAUGAACAGUCUAUACAAAUUCACACGGAUUGUCAGGUACUACAGAGUUAUCUUUCUGGACCACCAACCACAUCACGUUCAUAUCUAGGUUAUGCUAUUGAUAGUUGCAGAGCCUACAUAUCUACUUUUACUUUUUGCUCAGUUAUUUACAUUCCUAGAUUACAGAACUUGUUAGCUCAUUCCCUAGCUACUAUAGCUUUUGAUUUCGCUACUGCUAUGUACUGGGACAAUGUCCUACCAAACUCUAUUUCAGCUUAUCUAUAA